AUGUCGGAAACCGCAACAACGACAGCUGCCUCCGCGGCAUCGAAAUCAAAGCCCGAGAGAUUGCCCAUUACAGUCUCCAAACCUACUCCAUACACUUUUGAUCUCGGCCAUCUCCUCGCGAAUGACCCCAACCCUCUUGAAAUCUCUCGGUCCGAACCAGUAAAUGUCUCUCUGAAGGCCACCGCCCGCGAUGGUGUGCAGUCUCUCCUCAACCAACUUCUCACUACUUGUCCUAUUACCUCCUCACAACAAGGUGUGCUCCUGACGCUUCCUGCUCCCACAACUGUUCUUCCCAGACAUAAGCCCCUGCCGACACCCAAGCCACCCACCAAGUGGGAACUUUUCGCGCGCAAGAAGGGCAUUGGCAGAUUCAGUGGCAAGGCUGGUGCUGGACUUGCUGAGAAGGAGCGCCGGAAGAAGCUGGUCUAUGAUGAAGAGAAGGGCGAGUGGGUUCCUCGUUGGGGUUAUAAGGGAAAGAAUAAGUCGGAUGAGGAUUGGUUGGUUGAAGUAAAUGAGAAGGAUUGGAAGAAAGAGGAGGAAGCUGCGGCUAAGGGAAGCUCGAUUCGUGGGAUGUCGCGGGCUGAGCGUAAGGAGAGGAUACGACGAAACGAAAGGAAGAUGAGGAACAAUGAACGGAAAUCCAGGAAGUCGGGUGGUGGUUAA